UCAAAUUUUAUGAAUUUCGUACGAAAUUCCGGCCCCCACUGCCGUAAUAUGGCAACAGUGGUAAAUAAAAAAUCAUAUGAUGUUUUCAAAUGGUUACGUAGCGCGCGAAGGAAUAUGGCGUUGCCAGAUGGACAGAAGUUUUUCAAUCCUUCUGGCAACAGCAGCAACAACCACCCACGCAAAUUCUGCACCAAAACGACAAUUGGCUUUCGACAACAAAUGGAUCACACAAUACCACCCAAAGAAUUCAAAUGGACGCCUGGUAAUUUGAUUAAUGAGAAUUUCCGUGUUGGCAAAAACGGACACGUCUGCAUAGUGCUCAAUCGUAAAAUACAGGUGCCCUCGCACGUGGUUAAGCUAUUAUGGAAGAAUGCGACACUGCGUUGUGCCGUUGAUGGCGGCAGUAAUCAUUGGCGUAAUUUUGUCUUGGCCCAGGGAAUACAGAAGCCGUCAAAAAGCGAGAAAAUCAUUGAUAUGGUUCAUCUGGAGCCGUUAGAUCUGAUAACCGGCGAUUUUGAUUCAAUAACGGAAGAAACUGUUGAUUUUUUCAAAACAACGCCAAAGAUACACACACCCGAUCAAGAUGCUACAGAUUUUACCAAAGCUAUAACAGUACUGCAGCCAGUGAUGACGCAACGUAAGGUGCACGACAUUGUAGUAUUUCAUGAUUGUUCAGGCCGCUUAGAUCAAGUGAUGGCAAAUCUAAAUACACUCUACAAAAUGCAAAAGGACAACUGCAAUGUGUAUUUGGUGAGUGGCAAUUCCGUUACGUGGCUACUGCGACCUGGCAAGCAUACCAUACAAAUCCCAUUGGACCUAGUGACCAGCCAACGCUGGUGCUCCCUAAUGCCCUUGGGCGGCACGGCACACAAUGUGACCACAACUGGAUUGAAAUGGAACCUAUAUCAUGCACAGAUGGAAUUUGGUGGGAUGGUGAGCACAUCAAAUACGUAUUCGACAGAGUUUGUACAAGUGGAAACGGACAGCAGUUUGAUUUGGUCCAUGGGCGCAUACGAUUUCGAGGAGAAAAUGCGACCCAGCGUUAACAAACAUUAAUGAGAGCGAAACACAAUUAGAUACUUAAAUAUGUUAUGGCUUAGAUAAAAAUUACGCUUAUUGUUCUUGUUUCACGAA